ACAAACCCUGAGCAGUAAUUUAUCAGGUCGUAAAUUCGAUUCCUCUCACAAGCGCUCCAUCUCCCUCGAUUAUAAAAAAGAACUGUAGACUAAUAAUCCAUUUGAUGUGAGUAUUGAUAAAAUUUCUGAGAGAAAAAAGGAUCAGUACUCUUUAGCAAUAUAUGAUCAUGGAUUGGUCAAAACUUAUGACAACAAUGAGCAUAAGAUUGAAAGAUGAGUGGAUGCAAAGAAAACACAGUCUGCUAGCAGUACUAAUCCUACUUGUUCUAACGCUAGCAUUCUCAGUUUCUGCUGCAAGUACAGGCAUAAAUAAGCAUAGUCACUUGAAUACUGGCUGUAACUUCCCUGCAAUUUUCAACUUUGGUGAUUCUAACUCGGACACGGGCAGCAAAUCCGCAGCAUUUGGUCGAAUUCCGUACCCGAAUGGCUACUCUUUCUUCCGUAAGCCGGCUGGGCGGUUCUGUGAUGGGCGUGUCGUUGUUGACUUUAUAGCUGAGAGGUUAGAAUUGCCUUACUUGAGUUCUUUUUUAGAUUCUAUUGGGACUAAUUUUCGACACGGGGCAAAUUUCGCUACUGGGGGAGCUACCAUACAGAGAGUAGAUACUAGAUUAUGCGUGUAUCGGUUUAGCCCACUUUCACUUGAUCUGCAGCUUUCGCAGUUCGAACAAUUUAAGGAACGAACUCUCGAGCUAUACAAUCAAGGUGGAGGCUCGUAUGUUACUAAUAGUCUUCCAAUGCCUGACGAUUUCUCUAAGGCGCUAUACACGUUGGAUAUCGGACAGAAUGAUCUUCACGCUGGAUUUAAGUCGAUGACAGAUAAGCAAGUUCUCGAAUCUAUCCCAAGUAUUAUUGAUCAGCUUGCUAAGGUCAUUGAGAAACUGUAUCGGCUAGGAGCAAGAACGUUUUGGGUACACAAUACUGGACCUAUUGGCUGCUUACCUAUGAUUGUCUCAGAGUUUCCUCCAAAGCCUGAGAAUUUGGAUCAAAAUGGUUGCGCCAACUCCAUGAAUGAUAUCGCCCAAGAAUUUAACAGGCAGCUGAAAGAUAAGGUGUUCCAGCUUCGGAAACAGUUCCCUGAUGCUGCGCUUACUUAUACUGAUAUUUAUACCGCUAAAUAUUCAUUAAUUUCCGAAGCAAAGAAGCAGGGAUUUUCAGAUCCAUUUGGAUAUUGUUGUGGGCAUUACGGAGAUCCAUGUUGGAAAAAGGCUAAGGCGAAUGGGACAGAAAUUUCUAGGAAACCCUGCAACAACCCUGAACUCGAUAUUAGUUGGGAUGGAAUACAUUAUUCCCAGGCUGCAAAUCGUAUCAUAGCCGACAAGAUUGUUGACGGUUCCCUGUCAGAUCCUCCAACACCCAUCAACGAAGCAUGUCGCAACUUGUUCAUUAGCCAAAAUGUGGAGGAAGCAUAAUGCUUAUGAACGAAAAAUUACCUCACUCACUCCCAACUCCGUAUUUUAUCUGUUGUUACGCACUUUUCAUUUUAUCCUCGUUAAACUAUCUUCAAUGAUAGAAGUCGAACAACGUUUGAUUUUCACCUUGUACAAGAAUGGAUCAGUAGUGAAUUGUGUUUGCUAAAUACUGACCAUUCUAAAGAGAUCUCCCACUCUAAAGAUAAAGAGUUCCUAUUUAUAGAAAAAAUCUCAUUUAUGAA